AUGAGUGUUUUUCAGAAACUGAGAAACAGAAAGACAGAGGAAGCGCUUUCAGAAGCCAUCCUGGGCUCCAACGAGGAGCCGGAAACCUUUCUUUCGGAGCCGGAAAAAAAUAAAGAAGCCCGCGAGGUGGUCGACGGGUCGAGCGUUAUCAGCUCUGACGCCCCAGAGGGUUUGCAAGCCAUAGAGGCCGCCACCAUGGUCUGGCCAAAUUGGGCCGUGUACACUACCUAUGCGUGGAUCUGGGUGUGUUUCUUCAUGCUUGCGUUGCAACAGACUAUUGGAACCACCAUGAUGCCGUACGCAUAUGCCGAUUUCGCCAAAGCUCCCGAAAUCAGCACUGCCGGAAUCCUGGCAACCAUUGUGGGAGGAGUGUUGAAGCUGCCUAUCGGUAAGAUUCUGAACAUCUGGGGCCGUGCUGAGGGUUUUUUUGUGUUUGUGUGUGUCUACCUGCUGGGCCUGGUUAUUCUUGCUGCAUGCAACAACGCACAUGCCUACGCUGCCGGUUAUGUUCUGUUCUGGAUCGGUUAUGAUGCCAUCUACCUGAUCAUGGAUGUGUUCCUUGCCGACACAUGUGGCCUCAGAAACAGAGCUUUCGCAUUCGCAUUUGCUUCCACUCCGUUCAUCUGCACCGCUUUCACCGGUCCGCUUGCUGCUCAGUCGAUUCUCGACGUUGCAACCUGGAGAUGGGGAUACGGUAUCUUUGCCAUUGUGAUGCCGUGUGUGUUUUUCCCUCUGGUGUUUGUGUUCAAAUUCUACCAGUUGAAGGCCAUCAAGAUGGGCGUUCUUAAGAAACGUGACUCAGGAAGAACCAAAUGGCAGUCGCUCGUGCACUAUUUCCACGAAUUCGACAUCGUGGGAGCAUUAAUUCUCAUGGCUGCCUUCACACUGUUCCUGCUCCCAUUCUCGCUCCACACCCACGGAAAAGCCACUUACAAGUCGGCUGCGUUCAUUGUGAUGAUCAUAGUUGGUGUGCUAUUGUUCCCUGUGUUUGCUAUCUGGGAAAAAUGGUUUGCCAGAACGCACUUCAUCAGAUACGAGCUGUUCAGAAACAGAACCAUUUUGGGCUCCUGUGCACUCGCUGCGCUCAGCAACUUCAGUUUCUACUGCUGGGACCUCUACUACUACAGUUUCAUCAUUGUGGUUUAUAACUUGAGCGUCAAGGACGCCGGUUAUAUGACCGAGAUUUACAACGUCGGUUCGUGCUUUUGGUCUCCGCUCUUUGGUAUCUACGUGCGUCUCACCAAACAUUUCAAAUACGCUUGUUUGUGCUUUGGUCUGCCAUUGCUGUUCCUCGGCGCCGGUCUUAUGAUCCGCUUCCGUGGCCAGGACUCCAACAUCGGCUACAUCGUCAUGUGCCAGAUCUUCAUUGCCUUCGGCGGUGGUAUGUGCGUUAUUGGCCGUGACAUGGCAGUUAUGGCCGCCUCAGACCAGGAGGGUGUGCCAAUGAUGCUGUCGAUCCUCUCUCUGUUUGGCUCUGUGGGUGGAUCUAUUGGCUACGCUGUUGCUGCUGCCAUCUACGACAACACUUUCUAUAACGCAUUGGUCAAAAAGUUGCCUGCCUCUGAGGUUCCUAACGCGCUCAAAAUAUACAUGGGCGGUGUCAAGACCCAAAUGUCCUAUCCUGUUGGCUCCGCAGUCAGAGACGCCAUCAACUACGCCUGGGGACAGAGCCAGAGAAACGGUGCCAUCGCAGCCACCUGUAUUCUCGUGCUUGCCUUCCCAUCGAUCGCCAUCUGGAAGAACUACAACGUCGAUGUCAAGAAAAACAAGGGACACGUUUUGUAG